AUGCGCCCCCCUUCUCUGGCCCCCACCCGGGAGAAGUUUGGGGUCCCCGCUCCCACCCCCUAGCCGUGGGCCGCGCGCCCCUCGGGGCCGGGGUGCCGGGAGGGAGGGGGCGCCAGCUGUCCCGACGGGGGGCGGCCCGGAGAGAGGGGACGGGCGCCCGCGGCCCCGCCUCCACCGCGCCCUCCCCCGCGCCCUCCUCCGGGGCGGGAUAAUUGAACCGCGUGGCCGGGGCCGAGCGUUGGCCGCGGAGGCUCGGCCGGAGCGUGGAGCCCGCGCUGCCCGCCCGCCAGCCCGUCAGCCCGCCAGCCCGCGCCUUUGUCCGCCCGCCGCCCGCCGGCCCCAUGGAGCGCGCCCCGCCGUCGCCCCGGCUCCCGCUGCCGCUGCUGCUGCUCGGCGGCCUCUCGCUGCUGGCGGCCCGAGCAGGUGCAGAUGUCCCCCUGGAGGCUUGCUGUGCUGAUGGACAUCGAAUGGCCACUCAGCACAGGGACUGCUCGCUGCCUUAUGCCUCGGAAUCCAAGGAAUGCAGGAUGGUCCAGGAGCAGUGCUGCCACAACCAGCUGGAGGAGCUGCACUGUGCCACGGGCAUCAACCUGGCCAACGAGCAGGACAGCUGCACCACGCCAUACAGUGACAACGCCAGCCUCGAGGCCAUGUUUGUGAAGAGGUGCUGCCACUGCUGCCUGCUAGGGAGGGCAGCUCAGGCCCAGGGUCAGAGCUGCGAGUACAACCUCAUGGUCGGCUACCAGUGUGGGCUGGUCUUCCGGGCGUGCUGCGUCAAGGGCCAGGAGACUGCAGACUUUGCCCCCGGUGAUGUCGGGGACCUCCAAGAAACAGCUAAGAUUUCUGAGGUGAAGGAGGAGCAAGAGGACCCGUACCUGAAUGAUCGCUGUCGAGGCGGCGGGCCCUGCAAGCAGCAGUGCCGAGACACGGGGGAGGAGGUCGUCUGCUCUUGCUUUGUGGGCUACCAGCUGCUGCCCGACGGUGUCUCCUGUGAAGAUAUCAAUGAAUGCAUCACGGGCAGCCACAAUUGCCGGCUUGGAGAAAACUGCAUCAAUACUGUGGGCUCUUUCCGCUGCCAGAGAGAGAGCAGCUGUGGGACUGGCUAUGAGCUCACAGAGAACAAUGACUGCAAAGAUAUUGACGAAUGUGAGAGUGGUAUUCAUAACUGCCUCCCCGAUUUUAUCUGUCAGAAUACUCUGGGAUCCUUCCGCUGCAGACCCAAGCUACAGUGCAAGAGUGGCUUUAUACAAGAUGCUCUAGGCAACUGUAUUGAUAUCAAUGAGUGUUUAAGUAUCAGUGCCCCGUGCCCUGUGGGGCAGACAUGCAUCAACACGGAGGGCUCCUACACAUGUCAGAAGAAUGUGCCCAACUGUGGCCGUGGCUACCAUCUCAACGAUGAGGGAACCCGCUGUGUUGACGUGGAUGAGUGCUCCCCGCCCGCGGAGCCAUGUGGCCCUGGGCACCGCUGUGUGAACUCCCCUGGAAGCUUCCGCUGCGAGUGCAAGGCUGGUUACUACUUCGACGGCAUCAGCAGGACUUGUAUAGACAUCAACGAGUGCCGGCGCUACCCCGGGCGCCUGUGCGGCCACAAGUGCGAGAACACGCCCGGCUCCUACUUCUGCAGCUGCACCGUGGGCUUCCGGCUCUUGGCCGACGGCCGCUCCUGCGAAGACAUGAACGAGUGUAACAGCAGCCCCUGCAGCCAGGAGUGCGCCAACGUCUACGGCUCCUACCAGUGCUACUGCCGCCGGGGCUACCAGCUCAGCGAUGUGGACGGGGUCACCUGCGAGGACAUUGACGAGUGUGCCCUGCCCACCGGGGGCCACAUCUGCUCCUACCGCUGCAUCAACUUCCCUGGAAGCUUCCAGUGCAGCUGCCCUUCCUCCGGGUACAGGCUGGCCCCCAACGGCCGGAACUGCCAAGACAUCGAUGAGUGUGUGACCGGCAUCCACAACUGCUCCGUCAAUGAGACCUGCUUCAACAUCCAGGGCGGCUUCCGCUGCCUGGCCUUCGAGUGCCCCGAGAACUACCGCCGCUCCGCAGACACGCUCCGCCAAGAGAAGACAGACACCGUCCGCUGCAUCAAGUCCUGCCGCCCCAAUGACGUCACCUGUGUGUUGGACCCGGUGCACACCAUCUCCCAUACCGUCGUCUCGCUGCCCACCUUCCGCGAGUUCACCCGCCCUGAAGAGAUCAUCUUUCUCCGGGCCAUCACGCCAGCGUAUCCUGCCAACCACGCCGACAUCAUCUUCGACAUAACGGAAGGGAACCUGCGGGACUCCUUCGACAUCAUCAAGCGUUACAUGGACGGCAUGACUGUGGGUGUUGUGCGCCAAGUGCGGCCCAUCGUGGGCCCAUUUCACGCCGUCCUCAAGCUGGAGAUGAACUACGUGGUCGGGGGUGUCGUGUCCCACCGAAAUGUCGUCAAUGUCCACAUCUUCGUCUCUGAGUACUGGUUCUGAGGGCCAAGUCAUUGCUGCCAACAACUCCGCCCUGUCCCUGUUGUACCACCCAGACAUUUCUUGAUUUUAUGUAUUGUUUGUAGUAUAAGGCUGACAUGUGUUAAGCUGGGCCAGAGGAAUAAGUCCAUCUGAUGUAUUUUGGUGUUUAAAUAAUGAGUCCAAUUACUCAA